AUGCGGUUCUCACGCCAUGCAACCAAGCUGGUCCUCCUGCUCAUGGCUUUUGCUGCUGCGGCUAGCGCCUUGGUCCUGCCUAACUCCACCAACGAUAUUCACAACAGUGACCGUGGUGCUAAGCUCGUCCGCAGGCAAACAAAGAAAUGGACUUGGGAAGAGAUUCAGCAAGGCAGCAUACAUAACAGGAAUUAUCGAACUUCGACUCUAGGCGCUGUGUCCUCGAUCUUCCACGAAACCAUUUUCUACGGCGGCCAGCCUGUAAUUUUCUUCAAUGGGAAGUCCGAGGAAGUCCUUCCUGACGGACUCGCACAGCACGCUUUCGCCAAUUUUAACGGAUUUCACGCGCUUGAAACCAAUUCGCAAGAAGUCAUGACGGUAAAGCCACAGGGAGUGGCUGCAGCAAAUGAUGGUGUGAAACAGGGCGUUCGCAAUGUUUAUCAUACACAUAGGAACUUCGGUCAGGAUGCUGCAAAAUUAGCCUAUACUUCAAGCGUAUAUGCUUUGCCUCCUCGACGAAUUGGCUUUUUUGAAAAGUCGCAACAAGCUCCUAAAUGGAAAGUUGUACUGACUGGAGAGGCCAACCCUCGAGGCGACUUCCUUACCUUGAAGGAACAGCUCGACCAUCAGCGACACUUGCGGUUCGAGGACUCACUGGGCACUAAGAGCUUAAAUAUCCGAGCUAACCCAGAUGGCAGUAUCGAGCGUCAAUUCUGGGACCUCGUCAAUAAGAAAGAGAUCACGAAUCUCCGCUUGUAG